CCGACUCACGUUACUGGCUAGGGUAUGCGUAGGGGUUUAUUAUUUAUUGCAAUUAUUAUUAAAUCGAAAUAUAUCCUAGGAGUUCGUCCAUGAAUCCUGCUGCCGCCAUCCCAGGCGCGCAGAGCCGAGCAUGCACCGUGGCAGGGUCUGCGUCGUCGACGACGACGGGUUCGGCCCCACCAGCGCGGUCUCUGUUCAGGCACGUGCAUUAUGAGAACCUGGUGGCCGGGCUGAGCGGCGGCGUCAUCUCCACGCUGGUGCUGCACCCGCUCGACCUGGUGAAGAUCCGCUUCGCAGUGAGUGAUGGCUUGGAGCUGAGACCGAAAUACAAUGGUAUCCUGCACUGCCUGACAACCGUCUGGAAGCAUGAAGGUUUACGUGGCUUGUAUCAAGGGGUCACUCCAAACAUAUGGGGAGCAGGUGCCUCUUGGGGCCUCUACUUUUUCUUCUAUAAUGCCAUUAAAGCCUACAAGACAGAGGAUAAGCUGGAAAGUCUUGGACCAACUGAACACCUAGUGUCAGCUGCUGAGGCAGGAGCAAUGACCCUAUGCAUUACAAACCCAAUCUGGGUAACGAAGACUCGGCUUGUGUUGCAGUACGAAGCUGGUGUUGACUCAUCAAAGAGGCAGUACAAAGGGAUGCUUGAUGCCCUUAUCAAAAUAUAUAAGUAUGAAGGUGUACGUGGCCUAUAUAAGGGCUUUGUACCUGGUCUGUUUGGAACGUCACAUGGAGCACUUCAAUUCAUGGCAUAUGAAGAAUUGAAAUCAAAAUACAAUAGACAUCGAAACAGGCGAUCGGAUUUGAAAUUGAGCACUUUAGAAUAUAUUGCAAUGGCGGCACUGUCAAAAAUUUUUGCAGUUUCAACUACAUAUCCCUAUCAGGUUGUGAGAGCACGUCUCCAGGAUCAGCACAACAGAUACUCUGGAUUAGUCGAUGUCAUCCGUAGGACAUGGAGGAAAGAAGGAGUUCAUGGAUUUUACAAAGGAAUUAUACCUAAUGUUCUCAGAGUCACUCCUGCAUGCUGUAUUACCUUUGUAGUAUAUGAAAAAGUAUCCCAGUUGUUGCUUAGCCUGAAGAAUGGUAACUAAAUAUUGGUGAUUGCUUCAGGAAAGGACAUUAUCACCUUUUGGCUCUGCAGCAAAUCAGAUAUUCAACACAGCUGUCUGGUUUAUUUUUCUGGUAUUCACAGAAGAUAGAAACUAGAACUCAUUUUGUUGUACUAGAUAAAUCUUUUCUUUAUUGAAUCUUCAAUCUUUGCCAGGAAAAUUACCUCAUCUGAACAUUCUGGUUGAGAAAAUAGAUGCAAAAUGUGGUUUUAAAAUUUUGUUCUAGAGUGAAUUGUUCUCUCUUAACCCUGCUAUAUGAACAGCAGUGGACUCUUAAUGUACAGUGGUGGGUCUCUGGUGUAAAAAAUAAUAGAUGGAAUAAAUUCCCCAACCAUGUUUCAGAUUAUUGCAUAUCAGUCUCUACCUGAUACCUCACCAAUAAAUUGUGCAUGCAUUUAUCCACAUUGAA